AUCGGCUAUGGACGAGGAGGAAAAAAUCGCAGACGGCGAGGAAAGCCAAGAACCUGCUAUAGAGCCCAAACCCUUCUCCAAAGACAGGCUUGUUUUGUACCACUGGACGCAGUCUUUCAGCUCCCAGAAGGCUCUGGGAAAGAAAUGCACCGUUAUGCAUUAUUUCCUUUGAGGUGUAAAAAUAUCCAGUUACUGCCUCAGUCCAGACCUGUAUCGUGAUCUACUAUCAGCAAUACCUCGAACCGAUGAUUCAGCGUACACAAGGUGCAUCAUACUCCCGUGUGCCUGAUCGUUAUAAUCCCCGAGGAAACUCCAUCUUACAUUUGCACCAAAAUAUGGCACAGGUAAACAGUUCAUUACAGACAGGCGAUCUUGGUGGAAAAAGACGUCGGUUGCAUCUCAUUUAAUUGAUUUUUGGAAGCUUGAUUUUGAUGCCAAGCUACCGCAACAUGUAUCAGUCUCGCAUAAUAUUCAAAAGGUCCAGCAGGAAUCAGAAGGUGCAAACUGUCACAGCAUACCUCUACCAUAGCAUCUAGAAAGGAGGUGCGGCUCGUCAUUAACGAGAAGGGUCUCCUGUGCGAGGAACGUGACGUCAGCCUGCCGCUAACGGAACACAAGGAGCCCUGGUUCAUGAGACUCAACCUUGGCGAGGAAGUGCCCGUCUUCAUCCACGGAGACACCAUCGUCAGCGACUACAACCACAUCAUCGAAUAUUUGGAGAAGAACUUUGUAGGAGACAACGUGACCCAGCUGAUCCCAGACUCUGGAAGCCCAAUUCACGCGCGUGUGCUGCAGUACCGGGAGCUGCUGGACGGCCUUCCCAUGGACGCCUACACACACGGCUGUAUCCUGCACCCUGAGCUCACCACCGACUCCAUGAUCCCAAAGUACGCCACUGCUGAAAUACGUAGACACCUGGCCAAUGCUGCCUCUGAGCUGAUGAAGCUUGACCACGAGGAGCCCCAGAUCACAGAACCCUACCUGUCCAAGCAGAAGAAACUCAUGGCAAAAAUCCUGGAUCACGACAACGUAAAUUACCUGAAGAAGAUCCUCAGUGAACUGGCCAUGGUGCUGGAUCAAGUCGAGGCGGAACUAGAGAAAAGAAAACUGGAAUAUCAAGGUCAGAAGUGUGAGCUCUGGCUUUGCGGACCCAAUUUUACCCUGGCUGACAUAUGUCUAGGAGCCACGUUACACAGGCUCAAGUUCCUGGGACUCUCGCGGAAAUAUUGGGAGGAUGGCAGCCGACCAAACCUUCAGUCCUUCUUUGAGAGGGUGCAGAAGCGCUACGCCUUCCGUAAGGUCCUGGGUGACAUUCACACCACGCUCCUCUCCGCGGUGCUGCCCAACGCUUUCCGCAUGGUCAAGAAAAAGCCACCCUCAUUUUUCGGUGCCUCCUUCUUAAUGGGUUCCCUGGGUGGAAUGGGCUAUUUUGCCUACUGGUAUUUGAAAAAGAAAUACAUAUAGAUACCUCCCGCUGUUCUCACUGUCUAUGUAACUGUGUGAUGUUCCAACUUUUCUGUACUCAUGUUUUACAGCAGCGAAAUGUGAAGAAAAACAACAUAUAUAAAGACACUCUUAUUUACCUGAAUAACGAGAGAAAAUAUGAACAUUCCAUAGCGAGGAAUUCUUAACAGCACAUUUUCUGGUGAUUAAAUGCCUUUUUGUUUUAAUUGGUGGGUUUCCUUCAGGGUCAACCGUUUAGUUCUUUUGGAAGAAAGAAUUAGAUCUUACGAUCUCUACUGGAAUCUUACUACACGAUUGCUGUGGAGAAACAUCUGUUUUAGCGUUUCGGACACCAAACCUAAAAGCGACAUCAUUUAUUUGCCUAAACAGGUCUGGUCUUUAAGCAUGAAAACAUAUCACUAGUUGAGUAAUAUCCUUACAUCAAAUAUAUCAAUUGUUUUCCCUUUGCCCUGAAAUGUUUCUUCUCUAAGUAUUUUUGGAGUUAAUGACUGAUCUUUUAGCGAUACGUUUCCAACUGCCAGAGGACUGCCAAUCAUAAAUGAUGGUUCGUAUAUACAGAUGUUCCUGUGCUACCUUUCCACUGGUCUCACCUCUAAAAGUACACUGUUUAUUUAUUUUAACAGAGCAUUCUGUAUGAGAAAUGAAAUAUAAAGCCCACAUGGGCAUCAGAAACAGUAAAAAGUACAUACUGUAAUGUUAUUCCGUCUCAAUGAGUCAUAGUUCUGUCUAUCGUUAUAACCAUACUUUGCAUACAUCAUGUUAUUUUCAAUCAUUUGUUUCAUUCCCAAAAGAAGGGAAGUACUUAAAAUGAGCAUUUAUUGUAAAAUCGAGUCCUAAUGACAAUUAAAGCUGUCGUAUCUAGAAAUAUGUUGUUUUUCAAACCCAGUCCAUUAACCUAAGCCCCUUUAAAAACCUUAAUCAGCAAAUUCAGGUCUGAUUUUCAAGGAUUACACAAAACUCAAAGAAUGGAAAGUCUAUUUGUUGUACGUAUCUCCUAAUGUUUUUUUUAUUUGUAUUUUUUAUUUUUAUAUUAAUAAAUAUUUAUUUUGAGUGCUUUUUAUGAUGUUUGUUCAUAAGCCUUAAUUUGUGCAGUUGCCAUCAAAAAAAUAAAUAAAUAAAACAUUAAAGCUGA